ACUACUUUUAUUCUCCACCGCGAAGCACCACACCCCUCAACCAUCCAUACCAUUCUAUAAUAACAUCUCCCACCUUCAUCCCACUCCUCCAACUGCACACUAAAAACUCUUGAUACUUUCUCUUCUUCAACCUUCACCCAUGUCAGAGAAGAGCUGCGGCCACCACGGCCACCACAAGCACCGGAAACUCUACCGCCGCAUCGUCUUCACCAUCAUCUUCUUCAUCAUCCUCAUCCUCCUCGCCAUCCUCAUCGUCUGGCUCGUUCUCCGUCCUUCCCGCCCUGGCUUUGCCCUCCAAGACUCCUCCAUCAUCCAACUCAACUUCUCCUCCAACACCAACUUCUUAACCACCACUCUCCAAGUCACCCUCUAUUCUCACAACCCUAAUGAUCGCAUCGGCAUUUAUUAUGACCGUCUUGACACCUUCAUCACUUACAAAGGGCAGCAAAUAACCCUUGCCACUGCCCUUCCUAAUGGCUAUCAAGGCCACCAUGAUGUCUCCAUUUGGUCUCCUUAUUUGUAUGGGACUGACGUUCCUUUGGCUCCAUUUUUAACGGUUGCUUUGGAGCAGGAUGAGAAUGCAGGGUUCUUGCUUUUGUAUGUACAGGUUGAUGGGAAGUUGAGGUGGAGGGUUGGCAGUUGGAUGUCUGGCCAAUACCAUAUUACUGUUCGUUGCCCUGCCUUCUUCACCUUUGAUGGUCUUAAGUAUUCUUUCCGCUUUCGCCAACCUACUUCUUGCACUGUGGAUGUCUGAUCUUAAUUUGCAACAUCAUCAUCAUGAGAAAUGUAGAUUGACAUGAAUUGGAAGAGAAGUUGGAGCUUCUUAGGACUUUGCAAGAGGAUGUUAUGAAUGCCAAUCAAUACAAAAGGAUAAGGUUAUAUGAGCUUAAAGAAAAGAAAAAAAAGAGAUGAAAACAAACAAGGAGUCAUCUGUGAAUGGGAUUGAAGAGUGUCCCAUUUGUGAAAGAAUCAAGCUGGUCACUAGUCCUUUUCCUACUUAAUUAUUCAAUCAAGGACCCAAUUUAUUAUUAGUAAUGUAUUAUUAUUACUAGUAAAUUGCAAUAGUUUUUUUUAAUAUAAAAAUGGCUUUGUUUCAUAUUCCAAUGUGUUUAUUAUUAUCGAUUAUAAACUUGGUGGUACUCUCAUGUAAAUUUUAUUAUGAGUUGAAAUAGAGUCCGUAAAUUAAUCAAA